AUGUCGCGUCAGAAAGACAUUGAUGACAAGAUCGAGGUCGAGCUGGUAGACCAGUACUUCCGCUAUCUCCACGCCCUGCCUGCGUACGGGUUCUUGCAUCAGUCCACUGUCGUGCAGCGAUGUCUAGAACGCUCCAUCAACCCGGCCCUCAAGGCCGCACUUUGUGCCAUUACGGCGUUGUUCAUGGGGCGAUGUGCCGACGAGCGCGAUAAAUGGGCCCAGGCCAGCGAAACCCUCGUAUUUCAGGGCCUCAGCCAUCCGUCCAUCUUCCACCUGCAGGCGCUUCUCUUGGUCAUCCGCUACCGUGCCGACUCUGGGGGUUUUAGUCGGGCAUUUAUGUUGGCCGGUCUCGCGGCCAGGCUCGCUGCUGCUCUGCGUCUGAAUUACGAGCAUCACGAGCUGAGCCCCGUGGCCCAGGAGGUCCGCCGCCGAACAUUCUGGUCUUUGUACUUUCUGGAGGAAGUCUUCUGCUCGGGCCUACGGGAGUUUGAACUGUGUCACCCGGAUAUCAUCUACCUGCGGCUGCCUAGGGAAGAUAUCAACUUUGCCAACGAGGCCAGUCCACAUAUGAAUGUGGCUUUUCUAAUCCCGGGAUUGGGAGUCGAGCCGACGUCCAUUGGACAACGGGGACUUUUUGUCAAGGUAGCGCUGUUACGGCGGAACAUCAUGAAGUAG